CGGGUCGAGGCUUUAAGCCGGCGGAGCGCGGCAGCAGGGCCCGCAGACGGAGCGAAGCGGCGGCGGCGGCGCGGCGCAGGGCGCGGGGCGGCAUGGCCACCACCGCGCAGUACCUGCCGCGGGGCCCCGGCGGCGGAGCUGGGGGCACCGGACCGCUUAUGCACCCGGACGCCGCGGCGGCAGCGGCGGCGGCCGCCGAGCGGCUGCACGCGGGGGUCGCGUACCGCGAAGUGCAGAAGCUGAUGCACCACGAGUGGCUGGGCGCGGGCGCGGGCCACCCCGUGGGCCUAGCGCACCCCCAGUGGCUACCGACGGGAGGAGGCGGCGGCGGCGACUGGGCUGGCGGUCCGCACCUGGAACACGGCAAGGCAGGCGGCGGCGGCACCGGUCGAGCCGACGACGGUGGCGGCGGCGGUUUCCACGCACGCCUGGUGCACCAGGGGGCGGCCCACGCGGGCGCGGCAUGGGCUCAGGGCGGCACGGCGCACCACUUGGGCCCGGCUAUGUCGCCGUCGCCAGGGGCCGGCGGGGGCCACCAGCCUCAGCCGCUCGGGCUGUACGCUCAAGCGGCCUACCCGGGGGGCGGCGGCAGCGGCCUGGCCGGGAUGCUGGCGGCGGGCGGCGGUGGCGCGGGACCGGGCCUGCACCACGCGCUGCAUGAGGACGGCCACGAGGCGCAGCUGGAGCCGUCGCCUCCGCCGCAUCUGGGUGCCCACGGACACGCACACGGACAUGCACACGCCGGAGGCCUGCACGCGGCGGCGGCGGCGCACCUGCACCCGGGCGCGGGAGGCGGCGGCUCGUCGGUGGGCGAGCACUCGGACGAGGACGCGCCCAGCUCCGACGACCUGGAGCAGUUCGCCAAGCAGUUCAAGCAGCGGCGCAUCAAGCUGGGCUUCACGCAGGCCGACGUGGGGCUGGCGCUGGGCACGCUGUACGGUAACGUGUUCUCACAGACCACCAUCUGCCGCUUCGAGGCCCUGCAGCUGAGCUUCAAGAACAUGUGCAAGCUCAAGCCGCUGCUCAACAAGUGGCUGGAGGAGACCGACUCGUCCAGCGGCAGCCCCACCAACCUGGACAAGAUCGCGGCGCAGGGCCGCAAGCGCAAGAAGCGCACGUCCAUCGAGGUGGGGGUCAAAGGCGCGCUCGAGAGCCACUUUCUCAAGUGUCCCAAGCCCUCGGCGCACGAGAUCACGGGCCUGGCCGACAGCCUGCAGCUGGAAAAGGAGGUGGUGCGCGUCUGGUUCUGCAACCGGCGGCAGAAGGAGAAGCGCAUGACCCCCGCGGCCGGAGCCGGCCACCCACCCAUGGACGACGUUUACGCACCCGGCGAGCUGGGACCGGGCGGGAGCGGUGCGUCGCCUCCCUCCGCGCCCCCGCCGGCCCCGCCGGCCGCGCUGCACCACCACCACCAUCACACACUGCCCGGCUCGGUGCAGUGACCCGCGCGGGCCGGGGCCCGGCUGGCGCGCGGCGAGGCGCCGCGCGGCCUGUACUCUUUUUGUUCGGUUGCUUUGGAUUUUACAAAAAGCCCAGAAACUUUAGAACAAAACCAAACACCCGACGACCUUCUCCGGCGAGCGGCGAAGAGGACGGAUAGGCUACGUCGCCCGAACCCCGGAGAGAAAAGGGAAGAUCCGGACCGCGCCAACUCACCCGGGGCAUCCUGCCCGCCGCCUGCUCCCUGUCCCCAUUCCCUCGACGACCCCCAUCCCUGCCCCCCGGGCUGUUCGGGGCCGGAUCCCGGCAGCGGCCUCCCCACAGCGACAGGUAACGCGGUACGGGGUUAGGAAUUCCCCGGGAGAGAGGGCGAAGAGAGAAGCGUUCCCCAUCCCCUCUCCCCGGCGCGGAUACCCGAGCCUGCGGAUCGAGAGUGGGGGACUGUCACUUUAUUCGCUCUAUGCCUCUUCUCUCCCAAGAGGAUGCGCCCCAUUCCCCUGAUCCUUCCUCCGGGCUCGGUUUUUUACGGUUUUUAUUUAUUCAUGGAGCCUCUCGGCUCCUAGGGUCCUUCUAACUCCGCCCGCGCCCUUAAUUUAAAUCGCUGUAUACUGUAUUUAUCGGGGCCCCGGAGGGGAGGCCGCGAGAGCCGCGUCUGUGUAUAAAAGCAGGAAAUAGCCAAAGCUUUAAUCUAGCCUAAUUUAUUUUUCCCUCUUACCGUCCCAGCCCUACCCCAAAAGAGCAAAACAAAACAAAAAAAUAACACAAAAACUAACAAAAAAAAAUUUUCGAGUGCUCAUUUUCGUUUCGUUUUAUCCGAGCUCCAACUCGGUUCCGGCCACGCUGUAGGGGUCUGCGCUCCCACCCACACCCCCGAUGGCGAGGGGCUCCUGCCCCGCUGCAGACCGACCACCGCACGGCAGGGCCCCCGCUCCCCGCGGGGCCCUGCCCUCCUGGCCACAAACAAAUGAAACUUGGAAAAGUUGGAGGUAUUUUUUAACCAGCUGUAGAAAUAAGCCGUUCCCUGAGAGCCUUCCGCCUGAGUCCCUGCAGCUUCCGUCUGCUCCCUUCGCAGCCCCCUGGGAGGUGGGAGGCUGGGAGAGAAAUUCCCCUAGUUUGGGGUGAGGUGGGAACCAUGUAAAUAUGUGAGAUAUGUACACACUGGCGGGGAGAAGAAACAUUUUGUGCUUGAUUUUUAUUUUUGGUUUUCCGGGUUGCCCUCCGUCCCCAUCCUACAGGAUUUUGUACACCGACUAAUCCGAAAAAGAUAUUUUAAUAUGAUUUCCAGAUUUCUGACCCGUCUCUAUUUAUUUUCUGGAUGUGUCUGGAGCUUCCCCCUCCUCCAUUUCUUGUUUCAUUUGUUACAGUUUGAAUUUAAAUUUUAUUUUUUUUAUUUUUUGGAACAAUGUUUCGGUGCAUUCUCUUUGUAUCUUUAUUGCAAAAAAAAUAAUAAUAAGUAGACUGGGAAGUUCCCUUUAUAUUUAUGUUAUAGUAAAUAUUUUAUUACUCACAUAAACAUGUACCCCAGGGCUGUGUCC